GGUACUAAAAUGUUCGUUUGUAAAACUCUUGCUUCCACGGUUGGCAUAUUUGUGUUUUUCCGUUCGGUAUUCAGCUAUCAAGUUGUUCCAGCGUGUGACAGGCCGAUUUACUGUCACGGCAAGCUGCUGGAAACCGUACAGAAUGCUGGCUUAUUUCAAGACUCCAAAACGUUUGUAGACAUGAAAUUGAGAUAUUCGCCAAGUGAGUGUUUGUUGUUGGGUUUUUUGUCUCUUUGUUGUUGUUGGGUUGUUCGCAAGCCUGUCAUGGACACAGAUACCGUCUUGGAAAACUUUGCAUCGCUGAUUCGUAAUGGGUCGCUCGGAAACAAAACAGAAGUCCGCGCUUUCGUGCAGACGUCAUUUGAAGGACCCGGCACCGAGUUCGAGACGUGGGAACCGACCGAUUUCGUGGACAAUCCACAAUUCCUUUCCGGUGUGGCCGAUGGAAAACUGCGCAAUUUUGGAAAAUCUUUGUGUGGCUUGUGGAAAGUUCUCGGCAGAAAGAUUAAACAAGAUGUACGCGACAACGGCGACCGAUAUUCCCUGCUGUACGUCACCCACCCCUUUAUCGUUCCCGGGGGCAGAUUCAGAGAGGCAUAUUACUGGGAUUCCUAUUGGAUAAUCCAGGGUCUGAUACUGUGUGAAAUGAACACAACUGUCAAAGGCAUGCUACAGAAUUUCCUUGACGUUGUCGACAGGUUUGGCUUCGUCCCAAACGGUCUCCGGGUGUACUACACUCGUCGAUCUCAGCCCCCACUUCUAACUGGAAUGGUAGACCUUUACUACAGGGCAACUGGUGACGUCAUGUUUCUCAAACAGGCGCUUCCUCUGUUGGAGAAAGAAUACAUUUUCUGGAUGACCAAUCGAACGACAGCAGUCAAUACAAGUGGAAAACAGUAUGUGCUGAACAAGUACGGAACAAAUAUCAAUAGUGCAAGACCAGAAUCAUUCAGAGAAGACACGGCCACCGCAGCCCAUCUGCCGACUGACGAAGAGAAAUCCACGUUGUAUUCUAACCUGGCCUCCGCGGCUGAAAGUGGCUGGGACUUCAGUACUCGGUGGUUUAAGGAUGAUGCGCUGUCUAAGCCUGAACUCCAAUCAACAGUGAUAAAGGAUAUAGUACCAGUAGAUCUGAACGGCAUCAUGUGUAUGAACGAGAGACUUCUAGCCAAGUUUUACAAUAUAACAGGAAAUUAUGAAAAAUCUGCUGAAUUCAGACAAACAUUUGAAGAAAGGAAGGAGGCUAUAAACUCUGUUCUCUGGAAUGAGAUUCAGGGAGUUUGGCAGGAUUACUACGACCCGACAGCAUCUCACAGGAACUACUUCUUCCCAUCCAACGUCUUCCCGCUAUUCGCGGAGUGCGUCGGCAGCGCGGAUCACAACAAAACGUGGUAUGAGACCCGGGUGUUGGACUAUUUGAAGUCUCACAUCGCUCUCGAUUUCGCCGGAGGUAUCCCGACCUCUCUGGUGAAUUCCGGUCAGCAGUGGGACUACCCCAAUGUCUGGCCGCCAUUGCAGCACAUCAUGGUAACCACGCUGGCAACAAGUGAUCUCGCCGAAUCUCGCGAGAUUGCUCGACACUUGGCUCAGAAAUACGUCUUCUCCAACUGGAAAGGGUGGAAGGAAACAAAUCACAUGUUUGAAAAGUAUGAUGUCAAUCGUGUGGGUGGGCGUGGCGGUGGCGGGGAAUAUGGAGUACAGACUGGUUUCGGGUGGUCUAAUGGCGUUCUUCUGGAUUUUCUUCAUCGCUAUGGAGACUCCUUGACAACCAGUGAUCAAACCGAUGACACCAAAGCCUGCCGUUCUACACGGUGCCAAGAUACUAGUUCUGUUUUCAUUUAUAAUGUGUUAAUCAUUUCCUAUUUGUUUAGCUAAAAAGCAUAGUGUUGUGAACAUUUAACCUUGCCUAAGUUGUAUCGACGUGUGCUGUCAAUGUUUCAUAGUGACAUAGCGCCUUUAAUGUUAGAAACGGGUAGAUAUUAAUAUUUUUAUAUUCACAAAAGAACGUGUUUUAACGGUCUUAUUUAUGUAGAAUGUGAAGCUAUUCACGGUCCUCUUUAUGAUGACAUCAGAGUAGAUAUUGUUAAAAAGGCAGUAGUGACUGUAGUAAACUUUCAUAACCUUUUAGGUAAAGAAAAAAAAAUGACAUUACUUUCAACCCGCCCGGAUAUUGUUAAAAUUAGAGCCAAAAGUUGCCAUCAUAUUUUAUUACGUUACCAGACUUUUUUUUAUACGUGUUGACAUAUAAAUAUGUUAUGGUUUUUAGGGUGGGUUUUUCUUGUAAAUACAAUACUUUUUAAAUAUUUCUGAUAGUAUUUUAAUAGUUCUAAAAGCUGUCAUAAUUUCAUAUGCGUGGCUUGUAUAUUUUUAUUGCUGUAUUACUGUUGAACUCGUGUUUUUAUUUUAAAGGAACAUACCCUAGUUUUUAAACACUAAGGUAUAUUUUUUUACUAUUUUAGCCG